AUGGCUGAUCAGGUCGAGAGUCUUAUUGACGUCCCCAGGGAGUUUGUCAAGGAGGGUAUUCAGUUCAUGAACAAGUGCCAGAAGCCCGACCGCAAAGAGUUCAUCAAAAUCUCUCAGGCCAUUGCCAUGGGCUUCGUCGCCAUGGGCACCGUCGGCUACCUCGUCAAGCUGAUCCACAUUCCCAUCAACAACAUUCUCGUCGCCGGCGCUUAA